UUAAACGUGCUUAUUUGAGAAGCAAAUAUAUAACUCAAAGAUUCGGGUGUAAAAAAAAGGACGAGGAGUUCACAAAAAAUUAUCAUCGUUUACGAUUCGUCAGUGCGAAAAACUAUAUAGAAACGGGGAAUCCUGGCAAAGUUGAGGCGUCGAGAGAGAGAUAUCGACGCGCCAGCGCCGAACCUGCGGGAUAGACAGACGGCCGGCGUUCUUCGACGCGUCGGCAGUCGUGAUUCGACCGGCGUCCGUAGCGGCGGUAUCGAACUUUGCGCGAACGUACGCUCGAAGAAAAACAAACCGCGGACAAGACUGUCACGAGAUUGACCUGAGUGAAACCUCCAUCACACGUGCUCUCAAUUUCCGAUAUACACAAGGAAACUAAAUAAACAGCAUUUUGUUGACAUAAAAAUAAAAAAGGAUAAACACAAUUUGACACUUAAUAAAAAACAAGAAUUUGACAAUAGUUUCGUCUUCGAUUUACUUUGUGAGACAUUUCGUGAAGUUUGUGAUCUCAAAGUUGUUAUGCUUCAGUAAUAAAAUAAAUGAUAACGAGUUAUUGCUCCGUUUCAAGCGAGCAUCCGCAUUAAUUCGGGAAUGAAAGAAGGACCUGUCACUUUAGUACACAAGAAUAAGAUCUACUAUACGUAAUUUUAGCAGAUUUUUUUAAACUAAAAUUUCCAAAUUAAGUUAAAUAGGCAUUAGUUUCUCUCUUUCCCAUUUUUUAUACGAGAGAUCAAUUUAUUUGCGACAUAUCACAAAACUUAAAGAAAAGUAAAGAAGAAGAAGAAGAAGAAGAAGAUAUUAACGAUGCGGGUAGCAGAUCACAACUUGAAUCGGACCAAUCCACGGCAAAUGUCAAAAACGAAAGAACAUACUAAUUUUACUAUGAAUCGUUAAGGGAUCGUUAAUUAAUUAUUGAAAGUGAUUCAGAAUGCUAAAGAUUAAAGGAUUUCCCGAUUACGCGCAUAUCAAGUGAUUAGGAUCGUGAUGGCCCUAACGGUGGUGUCCAUCCUGUCAAACGGCACUUACUUGAAAGCUAACUACGAUGAUACCCUGGCGUCGUCCUCGGAGCAUUACUACAAUGACACGUACGCGGAUAUCCUGGAGUUCUCCGAUAUGUCACCGAGUUCGUAUAGGGAUUCCUUAUACGUAGUGAUACCGGUGACCAUAAUUUACGCGGCAAUUUUCAUCACGGGCAUCGUUGGUAACGUUAGCACGUGCAUUGUGAUUGCGCGCAACAAGUCUAUGCAUACUGCCACGAACUAUUAUCUCUUCAGCUUGGCCGUAUCUGACCUGUUGCUACUGGUGUCAGGCCUACCGGCGGAAAUGUACCUGGUCUGGUGCAAGUACCCCUAUAUCUUCGGCGAGGGUUUCUGUGUGCUGCGCGGCCUCGCUUCGGAAACCUCCACGAAUGCGUCGGUACUCACCAUCGCCGCUUUCACUGUUGAGAGAUACGUGGCGAUCUGCCAUCCGUUCCUCUCGCAGACCCUGUCGAAUCUGUCCCGCGCGAUUAAACUUAUCUUGAUUAUAUGGCUGGUGGCAUUGUUGUUCGCGCUACCUCAAGCCCUGCAGUUCGGCGUGGUCCGGCACAACGAACAUCCCGACAUGGUGAUGUGCACCGUCAAAAGAACCAUCGUCAGUCACUCGUUUGAGCUGUCCACGUUCCUAUUCUUCGUGAUACCGAUGUGCCUGAUCACAUUUCUGUACGUGCUGAUCGGCCUCAAGCUCAGAAAAUCGAACAUGACUGUCCCGGGUAGAACCGAAUCGAUGAGAAACUGCAGACAUUAUCCUGGCAGAUCGUCCAGGAGAGUAUUGAAGAUGCUGGUUGCUGUUGUGAUAGCAUUCUUCAUUUGCUGGGCUCCAUUUCACGUUCAGCGAUUGAUUGCUAUAUAUGGCACUAAUACCGAGGAUCAUAUCACAUCGAACGGUCCGUGGAUGGAGUUCCUUUACCUUCUAAUGACUUACGUGUCAGGCGUUUUCUAUUAUGUAUCCACGACGAUCAAUCCGAUCCUUUACAAUAUUAUGUCAAACAAAUUUCGCAUGGCGUUUAUGGAAACAUUAUCGAAGAGCUUCAGACUCCCUGGAUUGCCAGCACGUAAUGAGCAACGAUCCUAUUCCAGCCUGUCGCGUUCCCAACAACGCACCAUCGGUGCUUACGGCUCAAGGAUAGCGGGGACCGAUGGAGGAUCCGGCAUAAUUGUCGACAGCAUGGAAGGUUCAGGAAAUUCCGUGGAAGAGAGCCAAAGACAGCCCAUAAAUAAUCCAGAAAAUCUACCGGCGUCCACCAACGUUCAGGAUAUAACAAACGAACAAGCUCGAACAAACUCGGUGCAAAGUGGACACACUAAAGAAACGAAGAAUAACAACGACGUCUCGCCGACGAAAAAAAACUCUCGGUCGCUAAUCAGCGGACAUCGCAAGAAUCGAUCGCUUCGCAAAAAUCAGGAAACUUCGUGGACCAAGAGAACAAGGUACAAGAAUGUACAAAACGCAUCCAGCAUCGACAGUUCCGAAAAGAAAUGGUGGAGGUUCCUAAAGUGGUUGCCCGGUUUGAAGACUCUCAGGUUUCCCAGGGGUUCGACCGUGCCCGAAGAUCGCGUGUUCGACGAGACUGGGAAUCCCCGCGAAGAGCUGUCAAUGACGAUGUGGAACAUUCGCGAUAGCAACGAACAACGACCCGUGUAGAACAUAUUUGCGAGUGUUUUUGCGAUUUGAAAUAUUCGAGAAGACUGAUUUUUUUGUUGGUUUUUGCAUUUAUUGUAAUGACAAUGCAAAAUCUUAUUACUUAACGAUAUAGAGAUAAUAAUGACGGCGCUUGAUGUAUCCGAAAACGAAAUUAUUUAAGGGAUAUGUACACGAAAAAAUUUCAUAGAAUGAAAUAUUGUUGAAAUAAAUAAAACACAAGUAUAAAAAAGAAUAAAAUUUAAGCCUGCGCUUUAAGUGUGAUUCGCAUUUUAAGUAAAAAAAUCAUGAUUUAAAAGUUAAACUGAAUUCCAUUUGAGUGAAAGAAUAUCCUUUUUUAGUAGAUCAGUGGUUUAACAUUAAACAUAAUUUAUUAUAACAAAUUUAAUUCUACGUUUUUGAACGAGAAAUUUUAUUAGUUAAAGUUAUUAUAAAGUCAACAUAAAGUAAUUCAUAAUUUAUUGUACAGCUUUAGGGCCCCCGCACAGAUUUUUGCAUAACGCAUAGUGCCUGACGCGUAAGAAAAUUAAUCAAUCAGUCAUCUAUUUUCCUUCCCAGGAUAGAAAUAAAGACCUCUGAUUGGUUAAUUCUCUUAUGCAUUAUACAUUUCAUGUUAUGCAGAAGUCAGUGAGAGGGCGCUUAAAGUGCGGUUGUUUUACUCUGGAACGGAAAAGACUGAUUCACUAUUUGCAGAAUAAAAUUCCUAUACAAUAUUCUCAAAAUACAUUUUAUUUACUUUUACUUUGAAAUCCUUUUUUAAGCGCUUUAAAAAAUUAUUUUAUUAAAAGAACAUAUGAAGAACUUGAUAAUGUUGUAUUUUUAGUUUAUUUUGUGUUUUAUUAUUUAUAAAAAAUAUUACUUCCCCCAUCUGAUGGCAGCGUACUGUUAGCUGGGUUGUUUUAAUAUAAUAAUACGUACUACUACUGUAAAGUGGAUUGUUGCGCGACUUCUUGCUUUACUCUGAACUAGAGCUAGUGAGAUAGAACUGAUACUGCAUAGGGCCGCGUUACGUAAACUUCUUUAAAAAUCUGAAUUCACUUUUAGCUAAAUUCAUUCAAAUUAAAAUAAUAAUUUCUUUUUUAAAGUAAUUAUCGCAAUUACUCUAGAAUAUUAGUAAUUAAAUUAUUUUGACUAGACCAUUCUUAAGACCAAUCUUUUUCAAGAUCGUCUUAAAUACAAUCUCAAAAUGUUAAUACGCCUCUGUGAUUGAUUCAUGAUGUCUUAACCUAUUAAGACCUAAGCGGACAGUUUUCUGUAACUUUUUUCAAAUAAUUUGUUGAAAUUUAUUUUAUGGGGGUUUUUGGGUUUGAAUAUUUUGAUGCUAUCUUGGGUUCGAAUAUUUUGAUGUCAAAUUCAUAAUUAGCGACUCCCCACAUAAUAAUUUUCAGUAAAUUUGAUUGACUUCAAACAUUUUCAACCGCCAUAUUAGAUUUGCCAUCUUGAAUUUGACAUGUCUGAUAACGGAAUCACAAUCAGUGACCCAAAAAACUUCUAAAAAACAAUUUGGAUGAUGAAGCGAUUGAAAGAAAUAUUUACAUUAUGGAGAUCAAAGAUUUCAUAGUUUUUCCCUCUUCUAACCGCCAUAUUGAAUGUUGCCAUCUUGAAUUAAAAUAUACACGUCCAUUUGAAAGUCCAUGGUCUAUGGCCGCAAGAUUUUCACUUCUAAAGGUGCAAUUUCAUGCAAGCGAAGAAAAGCUGGCGUUUACCAUCUCUUCUUCGAUUUUCGACAAUAUGACUGUAUCAGCAACAACACGUUGCGCGUUGAAAGUUCGACGUAGGCUACGGUCCACUUGACGCUACAAAGGUUUCGAAGCAUUCUUUGAUGAUUGGUCAAUUUGUAAAAAUCUUUGUUUCGAUUGGUCAAUCAAACGCUUCAAAGCAUUUGUAGCGUCAAGUAGACCGCAGCCUUAAUCCAACUAUCAGCUAAGCACGCCAAACAUAUAAGCGAUAUAAAAUUAACGUCAUGAUGGAACGGGUAAAAUAAUAAAAUAUAUUUUGAAUAAAAUAAAAAUGGAAAAAUGUUAAUUUUUAAUAGAAUAUAAAAAUAUUGAAACAAAAUUGACAUAUGUCAUAGUAUAUACAUGAUAACAAAAUAUAUGUAUAGGUUAGAUUGAUUUCUUAUUUAUAUUUAGAAUGAUUUAUUUAAUAGUGUUCUUUUGUAUUUCUUGUAAGAAACUUUAUAAAUGUCGUACACCUGCGGUGUGUGCAAAACAAUUUGUAAUGAACAAGAAAUGUCUUUCCAUUUAUGUGUAGAGGGUUACAAUUACUGGCAAAUAGAUAAAAAUUCAUAUUUUUAUCAUAUUUAUAUUUUCAUCAUAUUUUUUUAUUUAUAUUUUAUACUUUUUUUGUUGUAUUAAAUGCAUAGUUGCAAUUACGGCAGCUGCACGUCGUCUUCUAAUCUCUGCUCCAACUGUAGCUCUUACGUAUUCCUUCAUAUUUUCGAAACUGUUUCAAAUUUAAGCCAACGAAGAAACGCUCCAUGAAAAAGUAGGAGGCGAUAGUUUUUAGUAUUUCAAUGCUAAAAUUUCGUUGCGAUGGAGUGGGGGUAAACGCCAGCUUUUCUUCGCUCGCAUGAAAUUGCAUCUUAAGAGAUAUGUCCAUCCGUUUUCCAUGUGUAAAUAUUAAUUGAAAAAAAAAAUUUAGUGAAAAAUCAAUUUUUUUUUGCAAAUAAAUUAACAUAAUUUGUCCAAAUCGCAUUAAAAAAAAUUCUGACUACGGAUAUUAAAAGUUCAGAAAAUUUUACAUAAGAAAAAGUUGGUGUAAAAUUUUUUGAGGAUUAGAUUCAUAGUAUAAAAUAUCUGAAAAGGUUACAGCUGAAAAAGGUUACAGAAACUGUCCACUUGGGCCUUAAUGGGUUAAGGCUGCGUUCCGAAAUUUACUGCCAGUACUGAAAAUGUAUAGUACAUGUAACACGAACUAUAGAGUUUCAUUACUGGCAGUGAAUUUCGGAACGCAGCCUGAGAUUGUAUUUAAAAUGAGAUUGUAUUUAAUGUCUUAAGAUGCUAAUAUGGCUCUGUGAUUGGCUGAUGGCAUUUUAAGACGGUACUUAAGACGAUCUCAAAUAUAAGACCCGACUAUGAAUACUGGCCUAAGACGACUUAGUUUGUUUUUAAAUAUAAAGACACAUUAUGAAUACUAGCCUAUGAGUUUAGAGAGACAGAACAAGAAGUGAUAUAACUUUAUAAAUUUUUUUCUAGAAAAAAAAA